AUGGCUUUGUGGAAGGCUGCUUUGGGCGAAUUAGCUCUCUUCUCCUCGACAAGCUACAACUGGACCGCCGGAAAGUCGUCGACUACAUGGCAUUUCCUGGACGUUGCCAGCGGAAACAUCACCGACGCACCUAUUGACGCUGAUGUCUCGGAGGUCGUCUGGGUUGGUGCUACAAAUACCAGUGUUUUGUACAUCAAUGGGACGAAUGAUGAGAUUGCUGGUGGCGUGACGCUUUACACGGCCGAUCUUGGAGAGGAUGAGUUUGCACCGAAACUUGUCGCGUCCCUAAAUGCGCCUUUCCAGGGCCUCAAGGCCGUUCAGACCGAGUCUGGCGAUAUCAACUUUGCAGUCAACGCCCUGGCAUACAGCAACGGCUCGGCAUACAACGAGGAGCUUGUUACUGCGCCGAAGAGCACUGGCCAGGUCUACAAUGCUAACUUUAUCCGCCACUGGGAUACCUACAUCACUGCAGAGCGAUAUGCUGUCUUCUCCGGCGUGCUUUCUUCCGGAUACGGUGCACUUUCGCUUGAGGGCGACUUGAAGAACCUCCUCGUGGGCAUCAACGCUUCAAUCACUCGCCCGGAAACCCCAGUUCAGCCCUUCGGCGAUGCAAGUGAUUACGAUAUCUCGCCGGACGGCAGCACAGUUGCGUUCCUGACUAAGGCACCUGAACUUCCCAAGGCCAACUACACUGCAAGCUACAUCUACGUCGUUCCACAUGACGGAUCCGAAGUCCCAGUCGCCAUCAACGGCCCCGGAAGCUCUGCGCCCGCAACAGCUCAAGGUGCAUCCCAGGGUCCCCGCUGGUCUCCAGAUGGCAAGAAGCUCGCAUAUUCCCAGCAAGAUGGCAUCGCGUACGAGUCUGACCGCUUCAAGCUUUAUGUUGCUACCAUCGAUGGACUGAACGCGGAAGUUACAGCCGUGGCCGAGGACUGGGAUUCCAGUCCCUCAGGCUUAUCCUGGAGUCAUGAUGGCAAAGACCUCUGGGUAGUCUCUGAGCUCUAUGCUGCAAACCGUUUGUACAUUGUACCUGCAGAUUCAGACGCUUCCUUCACGCCCAAGAACAUCACUGGUCCUUCGCCUAACCUCGCAGACUUUGCGCUCCUUCCUUCGGGUGAAGCACUCAUCUCCGCAUCCUCGACUUGGUCCUCCAAGAUCUGGUACACUCAAGGCCCAGACAGCGAGCCCAACGUGCUCUUCAGCGCCCACGAAGUCGAUCCCGAGCUCACGGGGCUCCUCCCCGAUUCAACCACCAACUUCUGGUACACGGGUGGUGACGGCGAACAGAUACAGACCUUCGUGUACUACCCCAGCAACUUCACCACCGACUCAAAGUGGCCUCUGGUCUUCAUGAUCCACGGCGGCCCCCAGUCCAGCCAAGGCGAUACCUGGUCCACGCGCUGGAACCUGCGCCUCUGGGCGGAACAAGGUUUCGUCGUCGUCGUCCCGCAAUUCACUGGCACACCCUCCUACGGCCAGAACUUCACCGACGCCAUCACAAACAACUGGGCUGGAACACCCUACCGCGACUUCGAAGCUCUUUUCGCGCACAUCGAGGAAAACAUUGACUACAUCGACACUGACCGCGCUAUCGCUGCGGGCGCUUCCUUCGGUGCUUUCAGCAUCAAUUGGAUCCAGGGGCAUGAGCUGGGACGAAAGUUCAAAGCGCUAGUGAGCCAUGAUGGCAAGAGCAACCAGUUCGGCGCAUAUGCCACCGAUGAGCUGUGGUUCAUCCAGCACGAUCAGAAUGGCACGCUGUGGGAUGACCGCGAGAACUACGCGAAGUGGGAUCCGUUGACGCAUGCGAAGAACUUUAGCACGCCGCAAUUUAUUGUGCAUAAUGACCUCGACUAUCGCGUCGUACAAUCCGACGGCGUGGCCCUGUUCAACAUCCUCCAAUCCCAAGGUGUCCCGUCCAGGUUCUUGCACUUCCCAGAUGAGGGGCACUGGGUCACCGGUAGGGAUAACAGUUUGGUGUGGCAUACGCAUAUUUUCAACUGGAUCAGGUAUUGGGUUGGCUUGGACGAGGCAUUGAUUACAGAGGGGGUGAUUGAUCAAUAG